CCCGCCGCCUGCAGCCUGCCACCCGCGUCCCGCCAGCCGCUGGGGUCUCUCCAGCUGCGCCAUGCCGCCGUGGGGCGCGGCCCUCGCCCUGCUCCUGGUGGCGCUCGGCCUCAUUGGCCUGCUCGCCCCUCGGCUGCGGCGCCCAGGAAAACGCGCCGUCGGAGCGACGACCCUGCGAGGAUCCAGAGGGACCCGAAGCCCAGACCGCGAGGAGAAGGUGGAUGGAAGAGGCCCGGAGGACGAACUCGGCGACGCUGGGGAGUCCCUGCCCGGCGGGUGCCGUCUCAUCUGUAAGCCGUCGGCGCUGGCCCAGUGCCUGCUGCGCGCGCUGCGCCGCUGCGCUGCGCUCGAGCCGGGCCCCCGCUCCUGGCUCUCGGGGCCACACCUGCAGACCCUCAGUCAUUUCGUGCUGCCCGUGGGACCGGGGCCGGAGCUGGCCCGGGAGUAUCUGCAACUGGCGGACGACGGGCUGGUGGCUCUGGACUGGGUCGUGGGACCUUGCAGCAGGGGCCGCCGGGUCACCAACGCUGGGAGCCUGCCGGCGGUGCUGCUAGUGAUCCCCAAUGCUUGGGGGCGCCUCACUCGUAACGUGCUCGGCCUCUGUUUGCUGGCUCUGGAGCGCGGCUACUACCCGGUCAUCUUCCAUCGCCGUGGCCACCACGACUGCCCGUUGGUUAACCCCCGCCUGCAGCCUUUCGGGGACCCGUCCGACCUCAAAGAGGCCGUCACUUACAUCCGCUUCCGACACCCGGCGGCCCCGCUGUUCGCAGUGAGCGAGGGUUCGGGCUCCGCGCUGCUGCUGUCCUACCUGGGCGAGUGCGGCUCCUCCAGCUACGUGACCGGCGCCGCCUGCAUCUCUCCGGUGCUCCGCUGCCGCGAGUGGUUCGAGACCGGCCUGCCCUGGCCCUACGAGCGGGGCUUCCUGCUGCACCAGAAGAUCGCCCUCAGCAGGUACACCACAGCCCUGGAGGACACAGUGGACACUGGCAGACUGUUCCGGAGCCGCUCCCUGCGAGAGCUCGAGGAGAACCUCUUUUGCCACACUAAGAGUUUCCCCAUCAGCUGGGACACCUACUGGGACCACAACGAUCCCCUCCGGGAUGUGGAUGAGGCAGCCGUGCCUGUACUGUGUGUCUGCAGUGCUGACGAUCCUGUGUGCGGGCCCCCCGAGCACUUUCUACCCACUGAACUCUUUCACAGCAACCCCUACUUCUUCCUCUUGCUCAGUCGCCAUGGAGGCCACUGUGGCUUCCUGAGGCAGGAGCCCUUGUCAGCCUGGAGCCACGAGGUCAUCUUGGAGUCGUUCCGGGCCUUAACUGAGUUCUUCCGAACCGAAGAGAGGAUGAAGGGGCUUAGCAGGCGCCGAACUUCAUUCCUCGGGGGCCGGCGUCGCUGGGGAGCCCUGCAGAAGAGGGAGGUUUCGCCCUCUUCCAGCCAAGAGGAGACGUUUAGUUGGAAGCGAUCGUACACAAGAUGAGACCCGGCCCAGACAACCGCCUCCCUUUCGGUCCUGCAAGGAGGUGGGGAAGCAGGCAGGUCCUGAAAAGAUUGGACAGGUGGAAUGGGCAAGCAGCUGACUGACCACUGAAUCUACCCCUUCUCUGCAAUUGUUCUGUGGAAAGAGCUGGAACUGGCAGCCGAUGGGGGCACGCUUUACCCCGAGCAGAACUCAUGCACGGUUUCACACAACGCACUGCUUGCUGUUCACCUGUCUGGCCCAGUGGCAGAGCACUGUCCAUCUGUCUCCUGCUGCUGACCUCAGCAACCAAAGCACAGCACCACUGAAGGCUGUGAGCUCAGGAGAAAAGGCUCCCUCAUGAGCAAUAGUCACAGGGAAGAAGAGUGGAUCCUCAGGCCAUUCUCUCCCACAGCCGUCAUCAGCUCUGACGCCGGUACUAAAGCUGGAGCCACUCAAUGCAGUUGAAGGCAGGAUGUUUGUGUCUCAGUCCCACUUCCCACAUUUCUCUUUGUGGCUGUGGCACUCCCCUGGGCUCCUGGGCUGCCGGACUGUGUGGGCCGGGUGUGAGAGUGGGAAAGCGUGGGAAAGAGUGGGUAUGAGGGUGAGGAGGCAGAGGGGGUGCCUACGGUCAGAAUGGGAAGGAGGCUCCUUUCAGAUGAGCUCAGCAGGUUGGGAUGGACUUGACCUGGGGCUUCAAUUGAGCAUUUCCAGCCAUACUGGAGAGAUCCCAAGGCUGAUUUAGGAGUAGGAAGUCUUCGCAUAUACAAGGUCUAAGGCUUCUGCCAGACCCUGGCUUCAGGAGUCCCAGAUAGAGGCACCCUAGCAACGCCAAUCAUUCUAGGGGAUUCCACAGAGAUCCUUAGCCAGAGCUGUGGUUUUUCUAACAUGUGUGCUUACUCUAAGUGAAAAGUUUAAGCUUUAUGAUUCAGAGAGAUAGUACAGUGGUUAAGGUGUUUGCCUUGUGCGUAAUUGUCCCAUGUUCAGUGCCUGGCACUGCAGGAAUCCUUCUAUUGGAAGCAUUUCUCUGUCACUAUGACGAUCCUCUCCUUUCCCAGAGACAUCUGGGACCACUGGAAACAAAAGUUCCAAGAGGUUGGCUGGGAGCUGACUCAGUGCCCUAUGAAUGUUUCACAUAAUCAUGCUUUUUCUGCUCAAUUAUUCAGAAAGGCCAUCCAUGGAGACUCAGAACAGUUUCUUCCUGAGUCUGGUUUCACAGUGACUGGGUAUUUGGUUUUAUGAGGAGGAGUGUUAAAGAGCAGAAUAAAAUAAAUCAGUGCUCAGACCUAUCCACACACCCUGAUUUAGAUCAAGCCACUGGAUGGUACAAUAGAACACCUGGUACUGUGUGUUACAAAGAGCAUUACUCUAUUUUUUUUUUUUUUGUAAUUUGUCAUUCAGAAAGGGGGCAUUUGUUGGGUUUUUUGGUUGUUGCUAUUUUUGUUUUUGAGUCACUCAAGCAAUUCUUGGGUUACUCCUUGCUCUGAACUCAAUAAUCACUCCUGGUAGUGAUCGGGAGACCAUAUGGGAGGGCAGGGAUUGAACCCAGGUCUGUAGCAUGCAAGGAAAACACCCUUCAUAUUGUGCUGUCUCUCUAGCCCCAAGAGGAUACUUGUUUUGAUAGGAAGCUCCAUCCUCUCCUCACAAACAGCAAAGCAAUUUUAAAGAAGAGAGAUGUUUAUCAAAAGCUAAGUCCCAAGGCUUGGUACAAAAAAUUCCCCAGGGGAACUGGAGCAAUAGCACAGUGGGUAGGGCAUUCGCUUUGCAUGCAGCUGACCUGGGUUCUAUUCCCAGCAUCCCAUAUGGUCCCCUGAGAACCGCCAGGAGAAAUUCCUGAGUUCAGAGCUAGGAAUAACCCCUGAGCAUGGCUGCGUGUGACCCAAAAAGAAAAAAAAAAUCCCCAGAAAGGGCCAGAAUGUAAUACAGUGGGAAGGGUGGAAGAGUACUUGCCUUGCACAAGGCCAAACAGGUUCAGUCCCUUUACCCUGUAUGGACUCCCAGAGCCACUCCAGGAAUGACCCCUGAGCCUAGAGGUAGGAGUAAUCCCUGAACACUGCCAGGUGUGGCCCAAAGGAAAACAAACAGACAAAACAUUUCUGGGAAAUCCAAGAGAUAGUACAGGGGUUUAAGCACUUGUCUUACAGGCAGCCAAGAUGGAUUCAAGUCCCAGCAUACCAUAUGUUCCCUAGAGCACUGUCAGGAAUGAUCCCUGAGCAUUCCUGGGUAUGAUUCAAAAACAGAAUCAAAAAAGAAAAAAUAGUAAAAAAAAGUCCUGGUGCAGGGGCAGGGAUGUAGCUCAACUGUUGAGCAGAUAUCUGUCAUGUGUGUACUGGGUUUGAUCCUUGGCACCAUGAACAAAUAAAGGACUGGAGAGAUAGUACAGAUAGUACAUGCUUUCCAUGUGGCCAACCCUCCUCACCCCCCAGCAUCACAUAUGGUUCCCGAGCCUGCCAGAAGUGAUCCCUGGGAGCAGAACCAGAAAUAAGCCCUGAGCACCACCUUUUGACCCCCAAACAAAAAAUAAUUCUAAAAUCUUCAAGGAUCAUGACUUCAGAUUUGAGCACUAACACUUCAGCCAGGUCUGCUAAAUAAAAAAGAAGAAACUCUGUGGGAAAAAGACAGAGAAGGAAAGAAAUAGAGAAGAUAGGAGGGAAGCAAAGGGGCCAAAAGUCAAGGGAAUCUGAGUAUAUUGGUGUUGAGGAGUGGGAGAGCUAAAUAUUCCAACCACAGAGUCAACAACAGUGAAAACAAGAGACACAAACUUCAAUGACCAAACUUAAAAAUGUGCCUGUCAAAUUGAUAGACUGGGAGAGGGGGUGGGAGGAAACCCAGGGACCCCAGUGGAGGGAAGAAGACCUGAAGAAAUAGAAGAAGAUGUGGGGCUGGAGAGAUACUAUAGGAGGUAGGACAUUUGCCUUGCAUGCAGUCAAACCGGGUUUGAUCCCUGGUACCCCCUAUAGUCCCCCCACCCGAACCCUUCCAGGAGUGAUCCCUGAGCACAGAACCAGGAGUAAGCCCUGAACAUCACUGGGUAUGGUCGUGAAGGAGAGGGAGACAGAAGGAAAAUUUGGAACUAAGACAUCUAACUGGCAUGCAGAUAAAUAGUCUACUCUAGAACAUAUGUCACGAACAUGACAUCUCCUUUCUCACGCAUGUGUGGGAAGUGCUCUACUGCUAAGCCACCCCUUGCCCUUUUUCAUUACUUUUUCGAGGAGGUGCCACACGGUGUCUAGGCCUUACUUUUGGAUCUGCACUCCUGGUAGACUCAGGGGACCAUAUGAGGUGCCAGGGAUGGAACCUGGGUCGAUUGUCUGCAAAACAAAUGUCCUACCCCUAUACUAUCUCUCCAACCCACUUUCAUUGCUCCUCUUUCUUCUCUUUCUUUCUUUCUUCCUUCCUUCUUUCUUUCUUUCUUUCUUUCUUUCUUUCUUUCUUUCUUUCUUUCUUUCUUUCUCUUUCUUUCUUUCUUUCUUUCUUUCUUUCUUUCUUUCUUUCUUCUUCCUCUCUCUCUUUCUUUCUCUUGCUCCAUUUAUGAAAAUUGAAAAAAAGGAACUAAAAUCUAAGUGAAGAUUCUGCUGCUUAGGGCCUGGAUUUGUAGUACAGAGUAUAGGGCACUUGCUUUGCACACAACAGACCUGGAUUCAAUUCCCGGCAUCCUGUAUGGUCCCCCAAGCACCACCAGGAGUAAUUUCUGAGUUCAGAGCCAGGAGUAAUCCCUGAGCAUUGCCAAGUGUGGCCCCCCAAAACCAAAAACCCAAACAACACUUGAGGAAGACUGAGAAAUAUCUGGCCACCCUAUCCUGCCAGCCAGCACCGGGUACAGUGGAGAUUUGCUCAUUAGGGUCCUAUCAUCCUGGAAUGUGCCCUAAGAGCAUCAGAAUUUACAGCAAAAUGGGAAAUAACCUAAUGUUUGUCAUUCAUUUGGGGGGUGGCUUUGGGUGGGUGGGCUACACCUGAUGGUGCUCAGAGGUCACUCAGGUUUGACUGACUCAUUCUUCAGUCUAAUGGAAAAGGAAUUAAACCAAACUGACUAUACUUUGGUCAGCUAAUUAUCUGAAACCUGUUGGAGGAAUCCAGGCAGAAGAUUCUGAGAGAAUACCAGGCUCUUAAAGUCAAUGAUAUAAGCUUGAGGAAGUAAGAAAUAAAACAGACCCCCACGGAAGUCCCUCUGCCAGAUGGAUCUUUAGAGAGCCUUUCAGGCCGCACUGACUCACUCGCUUCCCUUUCGGUCUCUGUCAUUAACAACAUCACCAAAUGGUAAAGAAAAAAAGGAAACUAGCCCAGGAGUCAUUAUUUUAUAAGUAGAGAUGGGAUGCUCUGUCUCCAGCCACUGAAUCGGAAAACAGGAAGGAGACUGCAGCCUCAACAAUUUUUAGAUCUAAUUUUGACUUUCCAGAAGACUGUGCUAAACUAUAAUGGAGCUCUGACUUCCAGUAUGUUCUGUGUUCACACAUAGCUUUCCCUGGAUAUCUUGGAUGGAGGCAACAACGAAAAACAAAGCACCGAAUCAUUAUCUGUUUGGAGUGAAGAUGACAUUUCUGAAACAGGAGUGCUGUUAGAGAAGGGUUCCUGACGCAGGAAGUGUCACUGCGGCUUUAACCUCAAAACCAGCCUAGAGUCAGGUGCUCCCCUGUACUCAGCUCCAUCAGGGCCAGGCCAAGGUAUCGUCCUUUGAAACGAAUGUCAGGGGCUAGAGAGACAGUAUGAGGCUAAGGUGCUUGUCUUACAUGCGGCCCAACCCCAUUCAAUUCCUUGCAUUACACUAGAGCCCCACUAGAUGUGAUU